AUUGGAUUUUUCAAAUUCAACCAAAACAACAACAAAAUCAGCUGCCGAAUUAGUGAAUAAUAAUGGACCUGUGGUUACCGAGAUAUUUGAUACAAAAAAUCAAAAAUCUGAUCAUCAACAAAAACAAUGUGCAACAAUAACAACAACAACAAUUAUGAAGAAUAAAAUUAACAACACUUCUACUAGUCAAUUAUUAAUGAAUGAUGAUGAUGACAAUGAAAAGAAUCAUCAUCAUCAUUUGAAAUGUUUAAAUGAUAAUGAAAACGAUAAUGAUGCCGUUAUUGCUGUUGUUGAUAGUAGUGAUAUAAACGUUAAACAUCAUCAGGACGACGACACGAUUUCAAUAUUGGCUACAAUAAACAACAAAAACACCUUGACAACAACAACAACAACAACAACAACGCCGACGACGACAAUGAUGUUGAUAAGAAAAAAUCAUCAUCAACAACAACAACAACAACAACGAUUUAUGAAUAAAAAUUAUACAAUCAUGAUUGAUGAUCUAUUUAUUCGUAAAUUAUUACAUCAAAUUUGUCCACAAACAUUUGAUGAAAAUUGGCUUGAACGAUUCAAACAGCAAUAUUUACAAUCAUUUCAUGAAAAACAAUGCACAUUACGUGUACGAGAAAUUCUUGAUCAAACAUUAUUAUCAAAUUCAAUGACGUCUGUAGAUGAAAUAUUCGUCUAUUGGCCGAUUCAUCAUCAAUCUAUUAAUACUGAUGAUGAUGAUGAUGAUAAUGAUAACGAUCAUGAAAUUUAUAUUGAUUCAUCACCUACAUGGCUACAACAUCGAGAUGCAAUGACAUAUUUAUAUAAUUUCUGUGAACUAUUAAUGUCAAUCGAAGCUAGAUUCGUACAUGCUGAACAAAAAGAUCUGUGCCAACAAUUGGCAAGAGAGAUACGUACACAUCUCUUUUGGAUUACUAAUGAUGAGCGAUUUAAAGUUUGUGGUAGCAAUGAUAAUGACGAAUCAUCACCAUCCCCAUUCUCAUCGCUGUCUCCACAAUCAUCAUCAAUUGAUUUGAUCGACAAUAACAUUGUCAACCAUCAUAAGCCACAAAAACAAGAAAAACUGUCUUCCCAUGUCAUAAUUAGCCAUAAUUAUAAUAGUAGUAAUAAUUGUCAACAACAGCACCAAUUAUUCCAUUCAAUCUUGCAACAUUUGUUGAGAAUUUUAUAUGAGAUCCUAAUGAAAUUAAAUCAAUCCGACCACCACCACGAUGAUGGCAUUAAUAAUAUAGUUGUGGGUAAUCGUUUGAAAUUUUUUCAAAUAUUUUCCAAACUUUUCGAAAGAUUCGAAUCAUUAUCGUCUGAUCAUACAUCAUUGUAUAAUCAAUGGAUGAGACAAUUGAAUUCAUUAUUGAUGAUACUAAUAAAAUAUGGGACCAAUUAUCAACAUCAGAAUAAUGAUGAUAAUUCUGGCAACAAUGCUCUCAAGGACCUUGAUAAUUGUAAGCGUCAAUCUACCCAAUCUGAACAUCCUACUCCUCUUGAUCAUAAUCGAUUCAAUGAAACCAUAACAUCAACAUUGCCAUCUAAUAAUAAUUACAAUAAAGCAAUUAUAUUGAAUGUUGACUCCAAAGACAAUGUUGAUCAUGAUGAUGAUAUUAAUGGCGAUGAGAAUAAUGAUGAUGAAUGUUCGGCAAUAACAUCGACUGUAUCUAUCAUUCCGCCUUCGAAUGAUACGAUUACUUCCAACAAUAAUCAAUUAACUGCUUCAAUAAAAUAUUUUGAAAAUCAAUCACAUCAAUCUGUGACGGAUGGUUUUCAAUCAUUUCAAUCGCCAAUCCCAACUUUGACUAAACUAAACGAAUUCGAAUCAAACGAUACAACAACUUCAUCGGCAACAAUGGUCGAACCUUCUUUGUUUCAGCAGCAACAAUUGCGAAAAUUUACCAUUUAUCAAAAUCAAUCACCAUCCGAUUGUUCAAUAAAGAUGGCCAUUAUUAAUAAUGGUAGUGGAACACAGACAAAUACUAAUAGCAGUACUCAAGUUGAACGUAAUACAAGUUCAAGUGCUGCAUCAGUUUCAAGUGGGCCUUCGAGCGGUGUAGGAUCUCUUUCUGACUCAUAUUCCCGCAGUGUAGGGAUAAACGGAAAUUCUGGACUAGGCUUAGUUGAACAGAAUUCCAACAUGCUUUUUAAUAGCAACACAAGUCCAGCAUCACCAGAAUCAUCAUUAUCGCCUAAUAAAUUUCUCCCAGUUGGGUCAGUCUCAUCAUCAUCGGCUUCAAUGGCACCGUCACCAGCCCAUUUCGCGACAGUAUCAAUCGGUAAUAGUGGAUCUACUACCGAUGAAAAUGCUUUAUCAAUGUUACUGCAAAUGAAUCAAUGUCAAUUGAUAGAUGAUCUUGUUGAUGGACUUCCUAAACUUAUAACACCACCGCCAUCAGCUCCACAACAUCAGUCUCAAUUUACUAACAAUAACAAUAAAAUUUUGACUCAAUCAAAAGAGUCACCGACAUCGAAUGUUUCCAAUCAAUUUGGAUUUGAUUUUAAUUCCUUGAACAGUACAAAUCGUACAGCAAUCAAUCGAAAUCCUCAACGUCAACCACAACAACCAAUUGUUGAUGAAUCAUCCAAUUUUGGCUUCAAUAAUACCAAUAGUUCAACUAUUCAGAAUGGCUCAUCAUCAAAUGGUGGCAGCAAUAAUUUUUUCAAUGAAUUCAAUAUAACUUCAUUGUUUUCAUCAUUUGAUGAUAAUGUUUCUUCAGUCGAAUCUGCUACAGUAAUAACCGAUCAUUUUACUAGUCAACCACAACCACAAAUACAAUCCACUAAUCAACAACCAACAUCGAUUUUAAAACAAUAUCCAGACAAUGAUCCGAGUGUCCAGCUGCAGAAUCAAUGCUUCACAAUGACCAUGUUGGAAGGAAACGAAUUGCAACAACAUCAGCAACCUCAACAACAACAACAACUUCGUAAUCAAACGUCGAUGGCAAAAUUUCCUAUCCCCCAGUCAGCAGCAAAUAAACAAAUGUCCAUGAUGUCAAAAUAUAUGUCACCGGCAUCGACAUUGCCACAACAGCAUCAAACAUUGACAAAUCCAUCAAAUAUAAUUGCUGGUCAACAACAUCAAACAUCAUCAGUUGGCCAUUCUCCAAGUAUUCAUCCAUCAUUGGAUCAAUCUCAACAACAAGAGGAACAAUUCUGUGAACGACAAACAUUAUAUCGUUUAAUUAUUAGCCAAUUAUUAUUUGAUGGUCAUCGAAAUAUUGCUUGUCAUAUCUCCAAUGCUGAACACAUUAAAUGCGAUAGCUUUUUAAUUGGUCCUAGCCAAGAGCUUCAUAAAUUGGUCACUUUUGCUAAAGCUAAAAAGAAGGAGGACAUUCUCAUUGAUAAACCGAUCCAAAUGACUAUGACAAAUAAUGUAAACAAUGCAAGCUUUCCUGCAACAGGCCGUUCAACGACCAAUUCCGCUACUGGUCCAUUCUACGAUAUGGUUGAUUCUAAUGGUUCUCCUACACUAAAUUCACCACAAUCGCUGUUAGCUGGAAGAACAUCCGUAUCGCAACAAGCCUCUCAUCCUCUUCGUAUGGAUGAUUGCAAUCAAUUUGUUAAAAACAUUUUCGGUGAUCCAUCAUCAACUUCAUCGAACACCCUGGCCGGAUUUGGUUCAUCAAAUCCAAUGUUUCCUGCAAGGAAUGGUGGCUUAGCUACUUCACCUUCGAUUGUUACACCUCAUACACCACAAUCUCAAUGUGCUAGUGCAUUGAUUUUGGAUUCAUAUGCUGACCUUAGUAGUUCGGCAACAGAUUUAUAUAGUCCAUCAAGUGGUCCAAUAGAUUACUUUUCAGCUAAUCGAAGCCCAGACGUAUCAGGAAUGAAUGCAACAACAUCUUUGUUUGGAAAAUCGACAGAUUUACAGCAAAGACAAAUGGUCAUGAGCGGAAAUCGAGGGACUGGUUCUGCAUCGGCUGUCGCUACUGGUUCUAAUGAUUUGAUUUUGACUGAUGCAUGCUUGAAAAAUUUGAAUCAAUUAGCCAAACUUAAUUCUGGUCCCCAUGGUGCUGCUGCCAUCAAUCAUCAAUCAUUGAUGUUUGGCCGUUCAGCAUCAGCUAUGGCCACAAUGUCUACGCUUGGCAAUGGAAACGGAUCGGCUUCAGCUUCCAACAACAAUAAUGUUUUAUCACGAUCUCCUUUGACCAUCAAAUCGCCUACAGGACAUCCUUCUGCUUCUCAUACAACUGGUCAAGGGAAAAGCCAUCAGAUCAUGCAGAUUGUCCAUAAAUUUGGUAGUCUUGGUCAGUUGAAAUCACAAUUUUCAUCGCCACAUGGAUUCUGUUUGGGAAUAAGCGAUGAGAUUAUUAUCGCAGAUACGAACAAUCAUCGUAUAUGUGUUUAUGAUAAAAAUGGCGUUUGCAAACAAAUGUUCGGAAAUCCUGGAAAAGAUGAAGGUCAACUUUGGUAUCCCAGAAAGAUUGCGAUGAUUCCUCCAAGCUUUGUCCGUUCGAAUACUAACAGUCCCUAUUAUGUAAUAUGUGAUCGUGGAAUGGAACGUUCUCGGAUGCAAAUAUUCACACGAACUGGAAGUUUUGUUCGAAAAAUACCGAUUCGUUAUAUCGAUAUUGUAGCCGGUAUCGCUAUCAAUAAUCGAGGCCAUAUAGUUGUCGUAGAUUCUGUAUCGCCAACCAUAUAUGUCAUUACGAUCGAUAAUGGCACAUUAAUCGAAUGGCGUGAUUGUGGCAAUUAUAUGUGCGAACCUUCCGAUGUAGCCAUCUAUGAAGAUGAUUAUUACAUUUGCGAUUUCAAAGGUCAUUGUGUCGUUGUCAUCAACUCGAAUGGUGAUUUCAUUAGAAAAAUUGGAAUGGAAGGUUUGACUUCGUUUCCUAAUGGUAUUGAUAUAUCACCGGCUGGUGAUAUAUUUGUUGGCGAUUCACAUGGUAAUAAAUUCCAUGUCGUAGUAUUUAAUCGUGAUGGCCGCCUAUUGGCCGAAUAUGAAUGUCCAUAUUGUAAAGUAUCACGAUGUUGUGGUUUAAAAUUGACCAAAGACAAUAAUAUCGUAACAUUAGCUAAGAAUAAUCAUCAUGUGUUGGUCUUGAAUCCCAAUUUUCAACAACAAUCUCAAUCGACUCAACUACAACAACAACAACAACCGUCAUUGUGAGAUAUCAAUAAUGCCAAGACAAAUUAUUAUUUUUUUCUAGAAUUGUUGAAACGCAUACAGAAUAUUUGGUUCGUCUUGUUCGAUAAAUUUACAUCGCAUCUCAACAAAUGAUAUCAAUAAUUGGCAAAAAACAUUCAUCAUCAUUGUGAUCAUCGGCAAUUUGCUGCAAUUUUUUUUCGCAUUUAUAGAAAUUAUAUAGUAACCAUACCAUCUACUUAAACUAUCGUCGUUAUCAAUUGUUGUUUUAUUAUUAUCAUAAUUUUUUUUGUUUGUUUGAAUUUCUUAUUAUUGUAAAUGAAGAAAUAUUCAUUGACAAUGUAAGACACUUUUCGCACAUUUCAAACACAAUUUAUUGAAUUUUACAUACUUUCUUUUUCUCCUAUCUAAAUAUGAUCUGUUUUUUCUUUCAAGUUGUAUUUCCGUUCAGAAAAAAAUGCUUUCCUUUUUUUUCAUUUCCUUUUCAAUUUUGUCUUCAAUUUAUGAACCGAUCCACAAAUGGAUCGAUGCAUUCCCAAACUCAUUAUUAUCAUUGUUAUUGUUUUUUUUUAUACAUUUAAUUCUUUUAAUAACUUUUUUUUCUUUCAAUCUUAAAAUUUAUUCUUCUUCUUUAUCAAUGCUGUUUAUUAUCAACGAAACAUCUUGUCAUUAUAAAUUUGUUUAUCUCACACAAAAACAUCAAAAUGGCCAUAGUGUGCACUAAAUUUGUCAAAUUUUUUUUUCGAGCCAUUUUGGCAUAUUUGCAUAUUUUAUCCACAAAAGUAUUCUUCUUGAUUUCAAUUGAAUCGUUUUCUAUUGAAAAAAAAUGGAUUUUCACCCAUUCUCUUUCUCUUUA